GCAGCACACGUUGGCAUUUGUUCCUUCAUCUGGACGGAUCUAUGCAUUUGGUCUUGGUGGUCAUGGGCAAUUGGGAUCUGGGUCAUCGUGCAACAGAAAAAGUCCUUUUACUGUUAAAGGAUGCUGGCUGAGUUACAGUGAUUUUAUUCAGCUUCCCAACAAUGCUGAAGAGUGCUACUGUGUGAAGAAAAUAUUUGCUGGUGGGGACCAGAGUUUUGCACAUUACUUUAAUGGUAGUCCUCAAACUGCUUCCCCUCCUGAAGACUUCAGAAUAUGUAACCAUUCUAGACAGAUUUGCACAGUAAAUGAGGCGCUCAUUCAGAGAUGGUUGAGUUUCUCGUCGGGAAGACUUCCUUUUGAGAUUGUUAAGGAAAUAGACUCGGUAUUUUCAUCAGCUGCUUGCUUAAAUGGAAGCUUUCUUGCUACAAGCAAUAAUGAUCACUAUAGAACAAGCUCCAAGUUCUCAGGGAUAGAUAUGAAUGUUACUAGACUUCUUUUUCAUAAACUGUUGAACAGUGAACAGCCACAGAUCGCUCAGCAGGUUGCUGCUAGCUUGGAAAAUAAUCUUAUACCAAAACUAACAAGUUCUCCACCUGACAUUGAAGCCUUGAGAGUAUAUCUGUCUCUCCCAGAAUGUCCACUUAUGACCGACUCAAACAACUUCUCAUCUUUAGCAAUUCCUUUUGCUACAGCAAUUGUUAAUUUAGAGAAAGUGCCAUUAAAAGUUCUUGAAAAUUGGUGGUCUUUACUUGAACAAUCAUCAUUCAUGAAAAUAGUACAACUUUUUAAAGAUGUGGUGUUGGAUCUCUUGAAAAGCACAAAACAUGGAAUCCCACCUACAGAGAGAAGAAUCCUUAAUACGUUUCUUCAUAUAACACUGAAGGUCCUGGAGAUACUACACAAGGUUAAUGAAAGGGCAGGGCAGAUCAUACCUUACGACAAGUUCUAUAUACAUGAAGUGCAAGAUGUUAUAGAUAUCCGCAAUGAUUACAUUAAUUGGAUACAACAGCAGACAUUUCGAUUGGGAGUGGAUGUUCCAGUUACAAUUUGCACAUAUCCUUUUGUUUUUGACGCACAAGCAAAGACUGCACUUUUACAGACAGACGCUGUUCUACAGAUGCAGAUGGCCAUUGAUCAGGCACACAGACAGAAUUUCUCAUCCUUGUUUCUCCCUGUGAUUGAGUCAGUGGAUCCCUGUCUGAUUUUAAUUGUGCGUAGAGAUAAUAUUGUUGGAGAUGCCAUGGAGGUGCUUAGAAAAACUAAAAACAUAGACUACAAAAAGCCAUUGAAGGUGAUUUUCGUGGGAGAGGAAGCAGUUGAUGCAGGGGGUGUCCGGAAGGAGUUUUUCCUGCUCAUAAUGAGGGAGCUGUUAGAUCCCAAGUAUGGAAUGUUCCGAUUUUAUGAAGAUUCUAGACUUAUUUGGUUUUCUGAUCAGACCUUUGAAGACAGUGACUUAUUCCAUCUAAUUGGAGUUGUUUGUGGAUUAGCCAUUUAUAAUUUUACUAUUGUAGAUCUUCCUUUUCCUUUGGCUUUAUACAAAAAGCUGCUGAAAAAAAAGCCUGUGUUAGAUGAUUUAAAAGAACUGAUGCCUGAUGUCGGACGAAGUCUGCAACAACUGUUGGACUAUACAGAAGACAACUUAGAAGAGCUUUUCUGCCUUACUUUUACGAUUACUGUUGAGAUCUUUGGGACAACAGAAAUCAGGGAGCUUAUUCCAAAUGGUGCUGACACUCCUGUUAACCAGAAAAACAAACACAACUUUGUAGAAGCAUACGUGGAAUACAUCUUCAAUGUGUCAGUUGCUUCCUUAUUUGAUGCAUUUUAUGCCGGUUUCCAUAAAGUAUGUGGAGGUAAAGUGCUGGAGCUGUUUCAGCCGAAUGAGCUGCAGGCUAUGGUGACUGGUAAUACUAAUUAUGACUGGAAAGAACUAGAAAAAAAUACUGAAUAUAAAGGAGAAUAUUGGUCAGAUCAUUCCACAAUUAAGAUGUUCUGGAGUGUUUUCCAUGAAUUGCCCCUGGAAAAGAAAAAACAAUUCCUGUUGUUUUUGACUGGCAGCGAUCGCAUUCCCAUUCUUGGAAUGAAAAGUUUAAAACUUAUAAUUCAACCCACAGGAGGGGGAGAUGAGUUUCUUCCAGUGGCUCACACUUGCUUCAACUUAAUGGAUCUUCCCAAGUACACCAGCAAAGAAACUUUACGAUCCAAAUUAAUACAAGCCAUAGAUCACUAUGAAGGCUUCAGUCUUGUUUAAGCUGCUAUCUACCAGAGAUUGUUUGUUACUCAGUGAUGUAAUACAAUAAAUUACAGCUAUUUUAUGUAAAGGAAUUUGCUACAGACAAUACAAAGGUUUGAAAUUUCUGAUCUAUUUAUAUACUUAUGGUCUCUGAGCAAUGUAUGUUUUACAAUAGACAAAAUACUAUUCAUUAUGCAAAAUUAUAAUAAAAGAUUUUUACACUAUUGAGUAUCUGGUAAAUACAGGGUGUAUUAUUUUUAUUUUGUAAAUGUCCCUCUAAAUCAAUAAAAUUGUUUUUAGAAAUUGAUAUUCUUAAAGGGACAGUCAACACCAGAAUUUUUGUUGUUUAAAAAGAUAGAUAAUCCCUUUGUCACGAAAACCUCGGGAUUUAGCUAAGAAGGGGUUAAUUCUGUGUAGCUUGAACUCAAAACAGUUAUUUGUUUUUCAAUAAGAAUUGUGACUUGUGUUUUCUUUGAAGUGCCAGGAGCCUCCUAAAUAGCCCCACCAAAUGUUAUUGUGUAUGCAUUGAGUCAUAAAGCCACUUAAGCUCUUAGUUUCAGAAAAUACACAGGAAAGGGUUUAUGGCUUAGGCUGUCAAUAGAAUGCAUGAUGCAAAACAGGGCCUCCAUCACAAAAACUGACCAGGUCACUGAAAGGACAUUGGUAUAUUAUGUACAUAUGUGUGUUAAACCUGUUAUAACCUUAAAUGAAGGUAAAUAUGACAACCUAUGGCAUAUUUGAUAUCAAACCGAUUCUCCCAAUGAAACUAAGAGGUUCCCGAUAUGUAAAUAUAGAAAUAGUUACCUAGCAGAAAUUAUAAUGGAUUGUAUAAUUUCAGGCAAGAACUUAGUCUAUUGAAGGGCAUAAAGACAGGGGGGUUUCUUAGCCCGCCCAGGAGGGUGUGGUCAGGCAACCUGAUCUCUGGAAAAUGGUAUAAGAAUCUUAUGUUUUUAACAAUAAGGUGUUCAUUCUUACAAGGGGAGCUACUUUACAGAAGUAAGGAGCCAUCAUUUUCAUGCCAGCCCCUGGCACAGAGCUUGAAGCUAGGAAAGUAUUCAAUUCUGUCUUUCUCCUUUUUAUUUUAAAACACUGUUUGCGUGUGUAAUUUUAUUUGUAACAACUUUUUAUUAAUAAUGCAUUGUGCAUAAUAUUUUUGGCAUAAUAAAUAAUUCCUUUAUUAA